UCUCAGCAGGCCGGCGAUUGUUUAUGCCAAACUUUUUCCUCACUUUUCGGCGUACCAUGGAUCUAAAUUUUCAGUGAAUUAUUCUAAAAUUUAAAGUUUUUACCCCUUUUGAAAAUCGUAAACCAAAUUUAAAGUGAUAGCGAUAGUUAGAGAAACCGGAACAUCGGUGAUCGAACAAUGGAAGCGGCGUCCAAAAUCGACAACGUCCAGCAACAGUUGGAUACGGUGCUACAGGAAAAGGCCUCGGUAGAGCCAGCUCAGCCGAAGCGCAACGAGACGGUGCUGGAAAACAAUGGUUAUCAGGUGCAGGGCACGAUAGGGACCGGUGCCUUCUCGAGUGUCAAGAAAGCUUUCUCAAAAACGUUGAACCAGAAUGUAGCCAUUAAAAUAAUUUCCAAACAAAAAGCCACAAAAGAUGUGCUGAACAAAUUCAUCCCGAGGGAGAUCCAGCUGGUGCGUGGCCUAAAACACGUGAAUUUGAUACGCUUCUACGAGUGUAUCGAAACUACCAUGCGAUUCUACAUUAUAAUGCAAUUCGCUGAAAACGGCUCACUGCUGCAGCUAAUCCGUAGAGAAAAAUACAUAUCCGAAGAACGGGCCAAAUUUUUCUUCCGGCAGUUGAUCAAUGCCGUCGAGUACAUCCACGGCAUGGGUGUUGUUCAUCGAGACAUCAAGUGUGAAAAUAUAGUUUUCGAUGGAAAUUUCACACUGAAGCUGAUCGACUUUGGAUUCGCCCGAGGGAACAUGCAUCCGGUGUUUGCCGGAGGCAAAAUCAAACCAGUUCUGUCAAAAACCUUCUGUGGCAGCUAUGCUUACGCUAGUCCUGAGAUUUUGAAGUCAAUCCCUUAUCAGCCCCAGUUGUCUGAUAUUUGGGCCACCGGAGUCGUGCUUUAUACCAUGGGCGUUGGACGACUGCCCUUCAGCAAUGAAACCAACGUUAAGCUUUUAAUUAAGCAAAUUAUGGCAGGACCCAAGUUUCCAAAAGAUCGACCGGUGAGCGACGAGUACAAAGAAAUUAUCACCAAAAUUCUUCGACCAGCUUGCACCAGGAUAUCGAUUGAAGAAAUGCGCCGUUUGCGGUGGCUGGCCGAACCAGAUUCAGGAUAUGACGAUUCGGGAAACGAGAAAAGAUUUGAGAAAAGGCUUAAACUGGAUCAGCCAUCCGAUUGCAGUAAUGCAUCCAGUGCAAUGGCCGUCCAAUCUUCGUGUAGUCCUCCGCAAGUAGUUGGAGCCGAAAAACCCCACGGCAGCCAACUUCAGUGUACACCACCGUUAGGUGUACAGACCAGAAAAAGAGGUUCCCCUACCAACUAAGGACUAAUGACGACUACUACAGAUUGAAAUUUAGUUGAAGAGCUGUUUCCCGACAUGUAAUACGUUGGAAAUACAUUGUUUUUAUUACUUUUUUUCUUGUUCUGAAAAAGAAAAUGUUUUAUUUGACACAAAAUACA